AUGACGGAGUUGCUUUUAGCUCAUUCACCUUUUCCUUCCUCUCAAGAGCUUGUUUCUUCUCAAGAUAUCCCCAUGUCUCAAGAACGUACAUACAAUGGAAAGUUGGCAAUUAAAAGAUCUUGCAAGGCGGCUGAAUGGGAGUUUAUUAUAAAAGGUGUUGGUCAAUAUUUUUAUGGAGGACGAGAUGAAGCUCGUCUUGUUGUUGAGAAAUAUAACCAUUUUUUUGGUCGCAGGGUGAGAGUCGUCAAGAGCAAUCCAGAACGAUAUACGGUCGAAUGUUAUUACAAGGAGAAAUUGGAAUGCGACUGGAUGUUCCAUGCAGGUAGUAAGGCUGAUUUAGUUGUUGAAGGUGGCGAGUUUAAGAGUUUGUUCUUAGCCUUCGAUGCUUGCAUCUCUGGUUUCGAAUAUUGUCGCCCGGUACUGUUCUUGGAUGCAACUUUCCUAACUGGAAAAUUUAGGGGUUGUCUUAUGGUGGCUACCGGGAAGAAUGCGAAUAAUGGAAUAUUUCCUCUGGCAUAUGGUAUCGUAUCAUCUGAAACUGUUGAGAAUUGGCAUUGGUUCUUGAAGAAACUAGAAUCUAUCUUGGGUCCUCGUGUACUAACUUUUAUUUCGGAUCGCCAUGAGGGUUUGAUCCAAGGGAUUCGUGAUGUUUUCCCAACUUUCUAUCAUGCUUGGUGUUACCAGCAUUUGAAGAAUAAUGUCCGCAGUAAGACCAACAAGAAAAAGAGAGAGCAUUGUGAUGCGAUGGGUUUGUUCAAAGAAUGUUUCUAUUCAGCGACUCAUGAAGGCUUUGAUCAGGGUAUGCAAAAGUUGAAGGAUAUGGCAUGUGAUGGUCUUCACAAAUUCUUGAGUGAGAUUCCAGUGGAAUGUUGGUCCAAUGCACAUUGUCUGGGUUGUCGUUACGGCGACAUGUGUUCAAACAUUGCAGAGUCCUUUAACUCUUGGAUCAAGGAAGCAAAAGGUAUGCCUAUUGCAACACUUGUUAACUGGAUCAGACUUAAAAUUAUGGAACAUAUGAGUACAAGGAAGAGGAAGGGGGCGACGUAUAAAGGAUUCAUUUGUCCCAGGCUAGAGAAAAAAGUGUUGGCUUCCAUUUGUGCUGGUGUCCAGUGGAGAAUAACCAAGUCUGGUGACAUGGAGUGGGAAGUUUUUGAUGGAAAGCACACGCAUGUUGUUAAUAUUGUGAAGUUUCAGUGCAGCUGUAGGGUUUGGUUUAAUGAGCAGUUCCCUUGUGAUCACGCUAUUGCGUGUAUGCAUUCAAAUAACAUCAAUGUUUACGAGUACAUCAAUCCGUAUUUCAACAUUGCUAGCUUCCGUGCUUCGUAUGAUCGUCCUAUCAAGCCCAUUCCUGAUUAUGACAAGUCUAUUGAUGUUGCUACAGGAGAUCUCGUGAACCCACCAACUGUCGUAGGAAAAAAACAUGGUAGGCCGAAGAAGAAGCGGAUUCCUAACACAGGUAGUGCAAGUUUCAAGAGACCAAUUACGUGCGGUAACUGCCAUACUCAGGCACAUCAUAACAAGACGACGUGUCCUCAUCCUCCUGCGAAAAAGCAACGUUAA